AUGUUUGAAUUUGAAUGGGACUUGAACUACUCCGCAGUCACCACUGCGCGAGUGGACCACUCCCUCCACAGCCUCUUGAUCACAAGUCGGGGGCCCCCACUGCUUCAGACAGCAUCAAGUCCAGGGGCCCCCCAGCAGCCAGCCACGCCUUCGCAAACAGCGGCUGCUGCUGCAGCAGCCACGAGUGCGCAGCAGCCAAGUGGGGGCGCUGCAGCAGCUGCCGUGCCUGCUGCAGCAGCUUCUGCUGCAGCACCUGCUGCUUCUCCGUCUGGCGCUGCAGCUGCUGCGCCUGCAGCUGCUGCUGGCGAAGCUGCGGGAAAGCCACCGGCAGCUGCUGCCGGCGCUCAAGUGCAGCAGCAAGCUGCAGCAACGCAGAGUGCUGCUGCUGCUGCCACGCCAGUGGGGCCCCCCAGCCCGCGCGGAAAUUUCCUGCAGCAAAGAGGGCCCCCCAAACGCAGGGGCUCAACAACUCUGCGAAGAGCCAACACAGCGCUGCACAGCGACUGGGUUUCUUACAAAGGACUUGCUGCAGGAAGCAGCAACUCGCGGGCUCUCAGUGCGGGAGGCCAGCCGUCCGUCAGCAGCGGGCUGGGGCAGUGGCGGACGCUGCUGGCCCACAGUGACUGCGAAGGAUUCUCUCUUGUUGUCGAUCCGAACGACGAGCUGCUCUUCGAACGGACUUGCCACCCCUACCAAGUCAAGAGCGGCUUCAAGCCGAAGCUGGGCGGUGAGCAGCAACUGCAGCAGCAGCAGCAGCAGCAGCAACUGGAAAGCAAACGAAAAUUCAGAAAGAUUCGACGCCGCCGCCACGUUCUCCACCGCGAAGCGCCUAAUUAG